GGCUAGGCUAGGCUCGGCUCGGCUCCAGCCAGGUGUCACGAUGCUGGGGCACCCGGUGAGGUCGUUGCUGCGGGAGAUGAAGCUCCUCCGCCGGGCACUGAGCACCGUCCCCGGACCACAGAUCCCCCGCUGCGGUGUCCCGGGUAAGAAGUGGACCCGACCCGCCGGGUUCGACACCGGCGUGAAGACUUUCAACAGCCUGACCCAGCAGAAGGAGCCGCUGGUCGUGGCCACGGAGGGAGUCGCUACCUGGUACAGCUGCGGACCCACCGUGUACGACCAUGCCCACCUGGGUCACGCCUGCUCGUAUGUCCGGUUUGACAUCCUGCAGAGGGUCCUGUCCAGGCUCUUUGGGAUCACUGUCAUCCAGGCCAUGGUGAUCACUGACAUCGAUGACAAAAUCAUCAAAAGAGGCUUGGAGGAGAAUGUGUCUCCAACCAUCAUAGCCAGAAUGUAUGAGGAGGAAUUCAAGAGGGACAUGCUCUCCUUAAAGGUGAUUCCUCCUGCAGUGUAUUUAAGAGUCACUGAGAACGUGCAUCAUGUGGUCGCGUUCAUCGAAGGCAUCAUCAAGAAUGGACACGCCUACGCCACAGAAGAAGGUGAUGUGUAUUUUGACAUCCGGUCCAUUGGGGAUCGUUACGGCAAGUUCGCAGGAGCUGUGGAUUCUCAUGGAGAACCUGGCAGCUCAAACAAACGAGACUCCAGGGAUUUCACUCUGUGGAAGAAGUCCAAACCUCAGGAACCCUACUGGGAAUCUCCGUGGGGCAGAGGGAGACCUGGCUGGCAUAUUGAAUGCUCCACCAUCGCUAGCUGUGUGUUCGGGAGUCAGCUGGAUAUCCACUCCGGAGGCAUCGACCUGGCCUUCCCUCACCACGAGAACGAGGUUGCUCAGAGUGAAGCCUAUCACCAGUGUGGACAGUGGGCCAACUACUUCCUCCACUCGGGACACUUGCACCUCAAAGGCAGUGCCGAGAAAAUGUCCAAAUCUUUAAAGAACUAUAUCACCAUCAAGGAUUUCCUGCAGUCGUACUCUGCCAAUGAAUUCCGGAUGUUUUGUCUGAUGACGAAAUACAGAUCAGGUAUCGACUACAGUGACAACAACAUGUCAGAGGCUCGGACGUCCCUGGGAACCAUCUCCACCUUCCUCCAUGAUGCUCAGGCCUACAUGCGGGGUCAGCUGCAGUGUUCACCUGUACACGAAGCUUCUCUCUGGGAGAGGUUGGCUGAGACUAAAUCCAGUGUGGUGAAAGCUUUGGCAGACGACUUCGACACCCAGAGAGCCAUCGGCGCCGUGAUGAGUCUGGUUCAUCACGGAAACCGCCAGCUGCAGCCUGUAUCCACGGCUGACGGAGUGGCUCGGAGCCCUGCAGUAUUCGGAGCGAUGGUGAGCUACAUGAGAGAGGUGCUGGACAUGUUCGGGAUCGAUCUGCUGCAAAGCAAGGCUGAGGUGGCGAGCGGUUCUGGAAACCUGCAGGGCGUCGUGGAGCAGCUCACUCACUUCCGAAGCGAAGUCAGAGCUUUGGCACUCGCUCAUCGGAAGGAUCCGGCCACAGCAUCCCUCAGAAACCCUCUCCUCAAAGCCUGUGACACCAUCCGAAAGGACCUGGCGCCGUUGGGUGUUUUGAUAAAGGAUAGAGGAGCCACCUCUACGUGGGAGAUAACUGAGCGAAAACAGAGAGUCCAAGAUCAAGGACAGGAGACGUCCAGCUGAGGUCGGCCUCUGGCUCUGAGACCAGCCUUAAAGAACUUUAAAUUCAUUGUCUCCUCAUUAGAAGGUUUAAUACAUUUUAAGUUAACUGUAAAUACUAGAGUAUAUUCAUUGAAUCAAUGCAAAUAAAAGAUUACAUUUAAA